AUGUUUGAGAGUACAGAUAGUAUUCAGUGGAAAUUGGGAGUCAUCAAGCAUGGUGCUGAGUGGUUUACAGUCCUUAUUGCAUUUGUUCCUUACAAUUACCCUUGGAGGACCCACCACCGAUCCACCGACGGAUUGCCGAUCUGCCCAGCUCUCGCGUGCGCCGUGUCUGGUUCCUCCAGCGUCGCCGCUAUGAAUAAAGUGGUUCAACAGCUCCGGCUGGAGGCCGGGCUCAACCGCGUGAAGGUUUCCCAGGCAGCUGCAGAUUUGAAACAAUUCUGUCUGCAGAAGGCUCAACAUGACCCCCUGCUCACUGGAGUAUCUUCAAGUACAAAUCCCCUCAGACCUCAGAAAGUCUGUUCCUUUUUGUAGUAAAAUGAA